AUGGUAGACCGGGAGCCAGCUACACCUACCUGGAAGUUCACACAAUGCUUCGGUGACAAGGGCGAUGUGGAAGAUAUCACAGAAGCGGAUAUCAUCUCUACGGUCGAGUUCGAUCACACGGGUAACUACCUAGCAACAGGAGACAAGGGCGGUAGAGUAGUGCUGUUUGAGCGGAAUGAGACGAAAAAAACCUGCGAGUAUAAGUUCCACACUGAGUUUCAGUCGCACGAGCCGGAAUUCGAUUACUUAAAAUCUCUAGAGAUCGAAGAGAAGAUCAACAAGAUAAAAUGGUGUAGACGACAGAACGCAUCGCAUUUCCUCCUUUCGACAAAUGACAAGACCAUAAAGCUAUGGAAGGUGUUUGACAAGUCGCUGAAGGUGGUUGCGGAGAACAACUUAUCGAGCGAGCUGACACCGGCGGGUGCGGUGGGUGGUGGAGGGGCGCCGCGUGCGCCCCGGGCGGCCUUCAAGGAUGCAUCGGCCUUGAAGCUUCCCAGGAUGACACAUCACGAUACAGUCGUUGCCGCCGUGCCGCGGAGAACAUACGCCAACGCCCAUGCGUAUCACAUCAACAGCAUCUCUGUGAACAGCGAUGGCGAGACUUUUAUCAGCAGCGACGAUCUCCGUAUCAACCUGUGGAAUCUCAAUAUUCAGGACCAGAGCUUCAACAUUGUCGAUAUUAAACCCGCAAAUAUGGAAGAACUGACGGAAGUCAUCACGGCCGCGGAAUUCCAUCCCACCAGCUGCAACUGGUUCAUGUACGCGAGCUCGAAGGGCACAAUCAAGCUUGCGGACAUGCGCCAGCGGGCGCUGUGCGAUGAGCACCAAAAGCUCUUUGAACAGGAGGAAGACGCCUCCUCUCGCUCCUUUUUCUCCGAAAUCAUCUCCUCCAUCUCCGACGUCCGCUUUUCGCACGAUGGCCGGUAUAUUGUGUCAAGAGACUACCUCACGGUGAAGAUCUGGGACGUCAACAUGGAGAGGCAGCCGGUGAAGACGAUCCCAAUCCAUGAACAUCUGCGACCGCGCUUGUGCGACACAUACGAGAACGACAGCAUUUUCGAUAAGUUCGAGGUAGUUUUCUCAGGUGACGCAGAAAAUGUGAUGACUGGAAGCUACAACAACAACUUCAUGAUCUACCCCACCGAUCCGGCCAAGGAGACGGAGAUUGUGUUGCAGGCCGACAAGUCUGCUUUCAAGGCUAAGAAGGUCGGCGUGCCGACUCCCAUGAACAAGGGCCCUGGCAAGAAGAACGGGUCCCGAGCGGGCAGCCCUGCUGGUCCUGGCAGUCGGAUGAAGAAGGAGACCGACGCGGACCAGAUUGAUUUCAACAAGAAGAUCCUGCACAUGAGCUGGCAUCCAUACGAGGACAGUAUUGCCAUUGCCGCUACCAACAACGUCAGUGUUAUCUCUUGCCCUUGGUAUUAUGUUUCGAUUGAUACUGAUUUCAUCCCCCAGCUGUUCGUCUUCUCCGCCCUAUGA